AUGGUCCUCUCUCACCACCAGACCCCGUAUGUGACCCCGCACAUCCUGCACAAGUACUAUGCGCAGGCGGCCGACACCGACAACCUCAUUGGCCGAGAUAUCGAGAUGUUCUCCCAGGCCGGGUUCGACAUGGACCGGGUCACGAUCAAGCGCAAUGCGCCGGUCGCCCUGCUGUACGAAGACGCGAUCCGGAACGAGGGCGCCAUCAUCUCCUCCACGGGGGCCCUCAUCAACUUUUCCGGAAAGAAGACCGGUCGGAGUCCGAAGGACAAGCGGAUCGUAUUCGAAGAGACGAGCAAGGACGACAUCUGGUGGGGUCCGGUCAACAUCAAGUUGGACGAGCACACGUUUGAGAUCAACCGUGAACGCGCGAUUGACUACCUCAACACCCGCGACAACGUCUACGUCUUCGAUGGCUACGCCGGCUGGGAUCCCAAGUACCGCAUCAAGGUCCGCGUCAUCUGCGCGCGCGCCUACCACGCCCUCUUCAUGAACAACAUGCUCAUUCGCCCGACGGAGGAAGAGCUCGCCAACUUUGGCGAGCCCGACUUCAUCAUCUACAACGCCGGCCAGUUCCCUGCGAACCGCUUCACGAAGGGCAUGUCCUCCACCACCUCGGUCGAGAUCAACUUCAAGCGGAUGGAGAUGGUCAUCCUCGGCACCGAGUACGCGGGCGAGAUGAAGAAGGGCGUCUUCUCCGUCAUGCACUACCUCCAGCCCGUCAAGUUCGGCCAGCUCUCCCUCCACUCGUCCGCCAACGUCGGCAUCGAGAAGGACGACGUCACCCUCUUCUUCGGUCUCUCCGGCACGGGCAAGACCACGCUCUCCGCUGACCCCCGCCGACUGCUCAUCGGCGACGACGAGCACGUCUGGUCCGAUACGGGCGUCUUCAACAUCGAGGGCGGCUGCUACGCCAAGUGUAUCAACCUCUCGGCCGAGAAGGAGCCCGAGAUCUUCAACGCGAUCCGCUUCGGCUCCAUCCUCGAGAACGUCGUCUACAACCCCAACUCGCGCGUCGCCGACUACGACGACACCGCGAUCACCGAGAACACUCGGUGCGCCUACCCGAUCGAGUUCAUCCCGAACGCCAAGAUCCCCUGCGUGGUCGACAAGCAGCCGAGCAACAUCAUCAUGCUCACCUGCGACGCCUUCGGCGUGCUGCCGCCCAUCAGCAAGCUCACUCCCGAGCAGGCGAGCUACCACUUCCUCGCCGGCUACACCUCAAAAACGCCAGGCACCGAAGACGGCAUCCUCGAGCCCAUCCCGACCUUCUCCACCUGCUACUCCGCACCUUUCAUCGUCCUCCACCCCGGCCGGUACGCCGAGAUGCUCGCGGACAGGAUGUCGAAGAACAACGUCAACUGCUGGCUCAUCAACACCGGCUGGACCGGGGGCAAGUACGGCACCGGCAAGCGAUGCCCGCUCAAAUACACCCGCCGCAUCGUCGACGCCGUGCACUCGGGCGAGCUCCUCAACGCCGAGUACGAUACCUUUGACGUCUUCGGGCUCUCGAUCCCGACCAACGUCGAGGGCGUUCCGCGCGAGGUGCUCGACCCGCGCUUGGCGUGGAAGGACCGGGGCGCGUUCGACCGCGAGGUGCGCAAGCUCGCGGGCAUGUUCAAGAAGGCGUUCCAGUUGUACGAGAGCGACGUGGAGGAUAAGGUUAGGCUCGCGGGCCCACAGGAAUCCAAGGAUUCCCCCGACGUAUCCUUCGUCGCCCCUGUGAUCGAAACCGUUGUGAACGGGAGAAUCGUAGCGUUCGGUUCCUCCGGGGACCUGUGGCCUACGUGCAUCGUACAUGACCCGGAGACCAAAGUUGUCGCGGUAGCCGUCGCGGGGCUCUGGGUAAUCUUCCAGCUCUGGUGGAUACCAGCGGUGCUGGGGCGCGAGAACGACCCUCAUGUCGAACGUCAGGUGGUCUCCUCUACGGUUCCAGAAACCGCGUCGCACGCGCAGAGGAUUGGGGCCAUUUCCAGCGCCGAGAUCGGAGUCCGGGGUGCCAAGAGGAGGAACACCCUGAGACGGGAUUCCACUUGA